GAUUUUUUUACAAGAAAGAAUCACUGCAUUGCAAUGAUGAUUAUAUUUUAAUAAAUUAAAAUUGAAUCGUGCUUUUAAGUUGCAUAAUCGUAUUCAUUAUAAUUUGAAAGAAAAUUCCAUCUGUAAGGGAUGCCAAAUAGCACCAAGAUUAUUCUGCUAAGCCUUCAUUCACAUCUCUUGAGCAGCGUUAAAUCAAACCAAAAAAUACGCAAAACAUUAGGUCGAUGCUUAAGUCUCAGCAACGGGGAAAAUAUAUCCGAUCUAAAACGAUUCUUAUUGGAGUUCGACGCCGACGCCAAAGAAGGGAGAUAUUGGUUAAAGUACUUCAAAAAUUUUAGUCAUACCCAAAGGCCCUUCGCCAUCGCUCAUCUGGAUGAUGACGUAUUCGAAAGGAAAGAUAUGUUAGAGAAUCUCAGUUCAAGUCUCUGCUUCUUGCAAAGGAACGGCAUGAAAUGUAUCAUAGUACAUGGCAAGAGCUUCCCAUGCAACAAACCUAUCUCAUUCCAAGAAUUCAACAUUAACAGGGAAAGACAAAUUAAGAAUAGCCUAGAACUUGCUACAUCCUUCGAAAACAACAGAACAUACUCAAAAAUCCUUUUUUCGGGAAGCGGUGUCUUGCGCUCCAAUACCCCUCGCCUAUCCCAACCUUUACAAAGCUCGCGAACUUCUUCGAAAGAUACCAUAAAAUCGCGAUUCUCGAAGAACGGAGAAGAUUAUAGAGGUGAACUGACGGAUAUUAAUUAUCAAAUCAUUGAAUGGGCCCUCAAAUCCGAUAGUAUUCCUAUAUUGGGAACCUUGGCAGAAACUCCGUCUGGGAAACUCGUGUUAACCCAAUCCGAUACCGUGCUCGAUAGGAUGAGUUUACAUUUUCAACCCCUCAAAAUUUUAUUGUUGAAUAGCACUGGGGGUUUAGUCGAUGCCAGUCAAGAUAAAAAUUCUAGUAAUAAUCAGGUAGUGAUUCCCCAAAUCAAUUUGCCUUCCGACUUAGAAUCAACUCUCAAUUUAUCGAACCUAGACGAUAUAACUCGCAAAAGGAUAAUAAACAUUAACAAAAUGCUAGGUCAUUUGUCGCCUCAAUCGUCCGUCGUUAUAACAUCCGCGGAUCAAGUUCUCAAAGAAUUGUUUACUCAUAGAGGUUCGGGAACACUCUUCAAGCACAUAGACACCUUUAUCCAGACUAACAAUCUCAGAGACAUAGAUAAAAACAGAUUGGUCAAUCUAAUUAACACGACUUUUGAGAAGACGUUAAAAUACGAUUUUUUUGAAAAACUACAGGACAAAAUCGACAGAAUGUUCGUAUCCGAGAAUUAUAAUGCUGCUGCAAUUAUCACUCAUGAAGAAGGUCUAAUUAUACCAUACCUUAAUAAGUUUGUCAUUUCAUCCGAUAUUCAGGGUCUAGGUUUGAGCGAAACUUUGUGGAAUCUCCUUAAAUUUCAAUACAAGACUCUAAUUUGGCGUUCGUCGCAUACAAACAAAAUCAACCCUUGGUACUUUAAAAAUUGCGAAGGAUCUUGGAGCAACGGACAAUGGAUAGUUUUUUGGUAUGGCAUUUCAGACCCAGAGACAUCCCAUAGGGCUAUAAAAACCGUUCUAAAUAUCGACAUUUCUUUUGAAAAUUCUCCCUCGAAACCUGCCGCUUCCAACAAAUUAGCGGCUUCCGAUAUUUCUUCGCCAACACCUAAAUCAGAUCCUCCCUUAAUUAUUUCCUUAUAGAACAAUUGUAAUAGUAGAUAUCUCGAAUGCAUUAAACGUAUUAUUAUUUCUAUAUAAUUUAAACCAUCGUACAUAAUAGUGAAGAUCGAAAAUUAAGGCAUCUUAGUUAAUUUGAAUAUCCCAUUUACGAAAUCAUGCAUACGUCUCAGCAUAAUAUCAAGUCAAAAUAUUCAUUCAGGUUCUAGUAUAAUUAUUAUCACCACCAAAAUAUUUUUCACGGGUUUUAACACGUCUUUUACACUAUUUCUAUUUGACAGGUAGAAUGCUAUUCCCCCAUCCUACAAAUUAUUUCUAUCAUGAUUUUAUUUUUGUAUCUUAUUUAUUUUUCCUGCUAAAUUUAUAAUUAAUUUUGUGCAUAUUUAUCUCCAAGCUAUACCAUUAAACUGUCAAUUAUAAAUCAAUCCCAUAAAUAUAUGAUUUUAGUUAAUAUUUUAUUACUUGUUAUUAUUUUAAUAUAUGCUAUUAUUUAAUUAUAUCGCAAAUAAGUAUAAAAAUACCCCCCCCCCCCCUCAAUUCCUCAUUUCUUUAAGAGUUUUUCUAAAAUUUUUCUUAAUAUAAACUUUAAACAAUCAAAUUAUAAAAUAUAUUAUCAAGAAUUAUAAUGAUUGUUAGUAUAAAUUAUUAUGUAAAUAUAAAUAUAGUAAUAAUAAUUUAAUAAAUGAAUUUCAAAGAA